UGGCUGAAAGUAAAUUGACCACGCCUUCUUCUUGAGCCGGAUAUAAAUAGUUGAGAUAAUUUAUUCAUUAUUGCAGAUUUGAAAUUCAGACAUGUUCGAAAAGUUCUUCCUUGAGCAUGGACUUUGACAAUGGUGACAUCGAAGGUGCCGAAAACAUUAUCAAGAAAAAUAAAGAUGAAAUUAACCAAACAGGUUUUUUUGGUGAAACGUACCUCAUGGCUGCUUGUAAACCGGGCAAUACAGUUGUAAUAAAUUGGUUAAUUGAUGCCCGAACUGAUUUGGACACAAGAGACAUCUUUGGUCACACAGCUUUACAUUAUUAUGUGAUUGGACGAAUCCACAAAAUUCCGAUGGUCACACACUUCUGCCCAUGUCCAAUUCCUUUGGACACACAGACGCUGUUCACAUCUUCUCGAAUCACCUCGGCAUUGAUGUGAAUACAGUGGGCAAUUCUGGUAACACACCUCUACAUUUUGCAGUUCUAAAAUCGGUCCCAAGUGGAAGACCAAUCCACAUGUACAAUACGUAUGGAUCGUCGAUGGAACGUACCUUCGAAUGUGGCCAUACGGCUUGUAAAGAACGUGGAGGGCAACUCAAUCGGUGCUGUUUGUGUAAGAAUCCAACUGUGAAGAAAAAGAUUGUUGUUGGACGUUAACCCAGCCCUUCUUUGUCUGCAUUUCAGUUUGCCUAAUCUUACCAUGACCACCCCUAAUCGCACACAUAUACCAACAUAUACUUAUAGACAUCCGACCUGCCAGGAUUUGAACCCUCACCCACCAUAUUCUUGGUUGGUUUUUAUCAACAAACUGGACAAAUGUGAAAAUGCAUAAACAACAUCAGCCACAAUAAAACAUUGAAACACAA